GUUUAUGUUUGAAAUACAAAAAUGGCUACAGAUAGAAUGGAUGCAAAUAAUUCAUCACAAAUUAGUGUUUGUCAGACAAAUCCUUUGCCUGCUGCAAACACAUUGAAUCCUGCACAGUAUACAUUUUGGGAGGAGGAUUUCAACGCCCAGUUUAUGUGCCGAGUGUGCAAGAAAACCUUUUACAAUGCCGUCGCACUUCACAACCAUAUGAAUAUGCAGCAUGAUGGCAAUGAUACUAAAGUCGAGGAACCGGCCACCAGGCGGUAUAUUGAUCAGAAUUUUAACGAUUUAUGCGGUUUUAAAUUUAUACCAAUAAAAAGCGAGGAUGAAGCCAACUCUACUCCCGUGCACGGUGGGCUCACGUCGAGGGUGUUCGAAGAAGACACCACCUUCCUGAUCGUCAAGGUGGAAGGGGCUGACGUGGACUCCGAUAGCACUAAAAAGUCCACCGAUAGUGCUCCUAAGAGGACGCACGCCAAGCCACCAGUUGACUUACGGGGCCCAUUCACUUGCACAUUUCCAUCGUCGUUGCGUCCAGAUCUCCAAUGCCGUCAAAUAUUCUUCAACUGCUGCGACUACUCGCUUCAUUACCGCGAAGAACACACCAAGAGAAGAAAAGCGGCUCUUCGUUGUCAAGUCUGCGAGAAACGCUUGGACACGGAUGUUUACUCGAACAACGUUAUAGCAGCACAAAUCGCAGUCAGCCGAUUCACUUUUUCGUGUCGCGUAUGCGGACAAACGUUUCUCGAUAGCUCGGAAUUCGAUGAGCACAAUCGCCUCGUUCACGCCAAGACGAAACCGCACCAAUGCUCUAUUUGCGCGAAGCGGUUCACCCAACAAGGAGGCUUGCAACAGCACAUGAGGAUGCAUACCGGGAUCAGACCCUUCGCUUGCACGUUCUGUCCAAAAGCUUUCACCCAAAAGGCGGGCUUGGACCAACAUCUACGAACACAUACCAAAAUAAAGCCCUUUAAAUGUGUUAUUUGCAACAAAUGCUUCUCGCAGUCUGUGCAUUUGAGGCAGCAUAUGCGGACUCACACGAACAUCCAGCCUUUUGAGUGUUCCGUGUGUGGCAGGAGAUUUAAGCAGAGCAGUCAUUUGAACUUCCAUAUGCGCUCGCACGUAGGCCAAGCUGGUUCGUUCGUCAUGGAACGGUACGCUCAAGCCGUCCAACACACAAACCGAAUGGAGUUUCUCAAUUUGGCUAACCUUCAACCAGUACAAGACGGGGAGACGAUGUACUAUGCAGCCGAGUUAGCGGAGAUGCCGUCGCAUCAUAACCCUUUUGUAUAUCAACCUCAAAUCAUAUUACCAGAAAAUGUGCUUUCUCUAUAGAGGAAAUGCUUACUUGCUUUAGGUACUCAUACAAUGAAGUGUUCAAAUUAAAAUGCAUGAUGUCUACUGUAAUAAUAUUAUGGUGCAUGAUUUGAUUGAAAUACUA